UAAAAGUCUGCGAAUAAAGGAAAGUUUGAAUGCAUGUGUAGUAAUAUACUGCAGUUGCAAUUUUAAUUGGAAUGUAACGGCGCACCCUUCGAAAAUGUCCGGGACAUGAGAGUCAAUUCUAAAGAACUAGGAUGUGUGUCCACCAGCUGGAAUUCAUCAUAUGAAGGAAUUCUCUAUUGGAAGCAAAAAGUAGAUUCGCGAUUGAAGCGUGGCUGUGUUUUCUCUGAGCAUUGGUGUCGACUGAAAGGCAAUAUUUUGAUUCUUUGCCGUUCUCCAGACAGGACCAGCAGUGAAAUUGCCGGUGUAAUACUUCUAGAAAGUUUCACUGUGUCCUAUACUAAAGACGAAGAAAUACCGUACUCUUUUCGUCUAGAUUUUGAUUCCGGUGACAAGUCUUUUGUGUUCAUUGCUCGUUCAAAAGAUGAAGCGGAAAAGUGGUUUCAACACUUAAGUAAAGCACAACUAGCACCCAAGUUACGUCGCUUCACUUUACUUCGUGAUGAGAUAAGGAAAAUCACUGGAUCUGAUCCAUUAGAGUCAGGAUUUUCCAGUAGUUCAUUUGCUCAGCCAUCUGUCGAAGGUUCUUUAGAGGAUCAGGGACUUGAAAUAAUAUUGAAAUGUCAGAAUGUUGGCGACAUUACUCAACCUAAUGAGCUUCCUAACACUUGUAUGCUUGUCUCGGUAUCGAAUUCGCGAAAGAACAGUUGGACCACAGUUGGUGCUACAGAAGUAAUUGAACAUUCUCGGAAUCCGGUUUUUUCGAAGACAAUUUUCCUAUCCAGUGAUUUAAUCGAUGAGAACAAUCAAAUUCGAUUUAGUCUGUUUGAUAUUAAAGAUGUGAAAUCUAAUGUUAGUGCUUUAAUCGGUGUAACAACUAUAUCAAUGAAGGAAUUUUUAAAUAAUUCAUCUCUACUAUUACCAAUUCACAAUGAAUGUUCUAGCCCACGUAGUAAUAACAAGUUAACAAAUUUAGAAUCUGUUCCAUCCGUUUAUAUACAGUCAAGAAAACAAAAACCUUUGGAUUCUACAAUUGCUAGGGUUGAUCCUAAUAUGUUGUCCUUGCGUGCAGUGUGUGACAAUCUCCUUUCUAAAAGGUAUACAUUUCAAGAUACGCUAGGUGAAACAAUGCAUGUUGUUGAAUUUAUGGGUGAAUCAAAAUUAUGCUAUGACUUUCCAAUUGAAUAUUUAAAACUACUAAUCCAGUCAGAAUACUUAAUAUACGAUUCUUUAUCGAGAACAGGAUCAUCUAAACCUGUUCUCGAGAGUUUAAGAAAAGAGAGAUUAAUCAGCCUAAAGCAGACUUUGGAACGAUAUGAAGCCAAUCUAAGAAAUCUAGUAGAUUAUUCUGGUCCUCAUUUCAAAGCAUCUACAGAGCGUGCUAAUCCUCGUUAUGAUUUUGUUCCUGUCAAUCUACAUGUUAAUCAGAUAGCAAUUACAAAUAUUGACGGACAAAUCGUCUCUUCUCUCAACAUAAUAUCUGUUGGUGCAUUUUCACUUGGAUCUGCACGUUAUAAAAAUGGCGGUCUAUUUCGAAUGGCCUUCGAUACAAUGCUUACACCGUCAACACGUUUAUAUCCUCCAUCUGAGCUGUCUUAUCUUAAUAUAUCAUCAGAUUCACCUGUAGCUGCAUCGACAUGCUUACUGAAUACGAAACCAAUUGGUAAGGCUAUGGAUUUGCUCUAUCGGGGUACACAUGCUACAGCAUUGUUAAGAUCAGAUUUAGGCGGUCUUAUCGAGAGAUUGAGUGCACCGGGACAAGCUGAACCGUUGGCUCAACGUAUGCAAAAAACUGUAUCCUCUAUACAAGGAAUUUUGUCAAAUCAAUUAUUAUCUAGUCUAAAUGUUGUGACAAAUAUUUCGUGUGAUUUUGAAGUGGUUAUCGGUUUGUUAGCACAAUUAUCAUCGUUAGAAAUAAUGCAAGGAUCAAUUUCUCAACAACAAUCCAAUGAAAAUAUAACUAAAAAUAAACAAAUUAGUCAAUCUCGUGAGGAGUUAAUAAAUGCAUUGAGUAAAGCUGGUCAAAAGUUAUCAAUAACAUUAGAGCAUAUAUGGGAUAAUGUAUCAUCAAUCCUAUGGAAUUAUGUCCUAUCAGGUCUUGCUGAUUUAUCCAAUCAACAAAUGCCAUCGACUGGGGAUAAAGAAGCUGGUGGUAAUUAUUGUGAUUUAAUCAGUGAAGCAGAACGUUCAACUUAUCCUAAUAUGUUACCAAUCAAUAAUAAUAUACUAACAGCUAUUUCUGUUCUACAAGAUUCUUUCAGUUAUCGACAUCAUGCUUGUGUUUGUCAGCUGUUAACUACAGUUCUUACAGCUUUAUCAAUGCAAAUGCCUCGAUGGAAUCGUGUAGACUGGGAACAGAUUGCUGUAUGCGGUGUUCUAGUUCAAUUUGAAGGUCUUCUUAGUUGUUAUGGUGAUGAACAAGGUAUGAUUGAGGAUUGGGCUUGGGCAAUCGACUAUCUAUCAACUUAUCGUAUCACUCUUCGACCGUCUGGUAAUUGUUCUGACGCCUUAAUUGAUAAAAAUACAAAAACUUUAGAGAGUAAUACAUCAUCCAAUUUUAAGCAUUCAAAUUCCACUGCAAACCUCACAAACUCUAGUAAAGAUCAAAAGAAUUCAGAAGAAUUUCAUUUGGAUUUUAAAAUUACCAAAUUGAAUGAGUGCGAGCUUUCUGUUCCGUGGAGAUCAUGGGUUCAUGCUCCUUCGGAAAUUCAAGCACGUGGUCGUGUACGCAUUCGUUUACAUCCUGUUUCAUUCUUAGUCGGUAUCAAUGAGUUACAGUCAGUUGCUGAAACUUUAGAUAAAACUGCUGUACAGUCUGCUGUGAAUAAUCAUGGUUUAAAAUGUUUACGUGCUUAUUUCGACCGAUACACAAAACAUUUUGGUGCACCAGGUGAAUAUGAAUUUUUUAUUUAUUCAUAAUGUUAUUCAAUUUAAUGAAAGGUGUUAUAUCAACUCAUGUUACAUAUUUUUCACUAACGUUGCCCACUGAAUUUCAGUGUAACUUUUAAAGUCUAUCGUCGUGAAAGUGGUGGUUAACACUUCUCCGUAGAUCUAUUUGAUAUAGGAAUAGAAUUUAGGUAUUGGGGUACAGAAUAAUUUUAUUUGGUCGAACUGCAUCAAAUCAAGAUGUAUGCGAUUUGCUAACUGAUAUUGCACAUCGUCUUACACCACCUAUACGUUCAAAACCAGUGGAGAUAUUACAGUUAGCUUCUGAAGUGACACAUGCAUUCGGUGGGUUACGCGUUACAACUUGUAAAUCAGCCAAGGAUCGUACUGCUAUGUCGGUGACAUUGGAACAAAUUCAGUGGUUAAAGAGUAAAGGUAUGAAUGAAAGUUGUUUUACAACAGCUCUUCGGUGUAUACGCAGCACUGGUCUACGUUUGGACAAUGUAAUGAAGAAUACUGGUAAACGUAAAUAUGCCUUUCAUCGCCUACAAUUAUUAUCCUUUCCCAGACUGUAUAAACCACCAAUGGGAACGUAUUCAUCAAAUGUUUCAUCUUAAUAUCAAGAAAGAAAAGAAAGAAAGAAGAAAUUAUAAUAUAAAUAUAAUAAUUUUGAUAAAUCUGACAUAUAUAUACAUGUAAAACUAGUGUUGUACUUCUGUUUCUGUUCUUCUAGUCGUCUCCUUAUUUGUGAUUACAUUUCUUUAAGAAUGGUGAAUCCUUUCUUAUUGGAUGAUUAGUGUUAAGGAUUUUUGAAAAAUCUACUCGUGAUCAUUGCUGAAUAACAAUGGAAAAGAAAGUGUAUUCUUGUCUUAAUAAGAUUUCUUUAUCGCUUAUUGUUUGUUAUGUUUUUUUGUUUUUUAAUCUUUAAUGUUGUCAUUGUACAGAUUUAUACUGUUCAUUUUGAUUUCUAAUUAUCAUAUUAUCUAUUUAUUUAUUUAUUUCAUUGAGAAAGGAGUUAAUGAAAAUAUGAAAAAUACGGCUAAAUAAAAGAGUUUAUUUAUUUGUUUAUAUUUACUGAGGUGAACAGAAGGAUAGGGAACAAACGAUAGUAUUCAUUA